ACCAGCUGGAGGUCUUGCGCUUGCGAACUGCAACCAACCGUCUUCGCAAAACAUACACACACCUUCUACUACAGACACUUGAGAGGGCAAUGUGCAAAUUCACCAACCGUCUCUUUGUCUUCACGCUGCUGGCACUGCUGGCAUUGGGAACGCUGAUGGCGCCUGUGAAUGCAGCAGCCAUGCGAGCCCAGCACAGAAGCGCCGCAGAUCCGAAGUUUUUGGAUCUUCUCUCGCUCAACGAGGACAAGAACAACUACGAUCUGCAUUACGAUCAGCGACAGAAGGGUGAAGAGAAUUUGCAUGUACGCAUGAAUGGGUUCUUUAUUGAAAUGCCCGAUGACGACGAUAAAGAUGCGAGCGACGAGUUGAAGGAAUUACUAUACUAUGCCAUACUCUUUGGUGGGAGCGAAGAAAUGUUCAAGCAUUUGAUCGAAAACAAAAUAAGCACCACUCCAAUACCCGCCAGCUUGACCUUAAGUGAGUUUGGGCUUCUGAAUGAGAACAAAUUGGACGCGGAACGGCAUGCCAUUGGUCAGCAAAGUGAGAAUACGGAGGCAGCAACCAAACAUAAGGUAGAAGGCAGAAAUGCGAACCCCCUUCAGGGCAGCGGCUUGGUGGCCGUAAAUCCGGGGCCAGAGUCGAAGCGCGUAGGACUGAUCACAAAAGAACACUUCAACACUUUGCUGAGUUUGCUGAAACGUAUGCGCCGCAAUUGAUUCCUGGAAACUGCUUCACCUCUCCACAUGAGAGUUAGUAUAUAAGAAAAAGUGUAAAACAUGGACUGAAUUUUGUAUUAUUCAUAACGGAUAUAUUUACAAAAAAGUUGUGUAGCUAUAUGCGAAUGUAAAA